GCUGACCCUCCGAUCGACCAGCAAUGGCACCAGCAACACCAACAAUUCUCAACAGCAACAACAGCAACAACAACAACAGCAACAGCAACAACAAAAUUGGCGAAGUUGCACCCCGUACGAUAUUCAAUAUAAGACGAAUGAGAAAGUCAAGUCCACUAGCCCUGACACUAAUGCAGGGAUACGAACCGCGGACGUCUUGAUUAAAGGUUAUCCAUCAGCAAUACCUCUAGUACCAGUAUCAGUUUCUGCGAGCGCAGUUGCAGUUGGUGUUGAUCAAUCAGGUGUCCAAAAUCCUCAACAGCAGCAACAAAUGCUGUCCCAGCAGCCUCAACAAAGUCCAAUGGCGGCUUUAAUGUCAGUGGCUGAUGCUUUGCCUCCAGGAAGUCCCAGAAGUUCUACAAGCAGUGGCGGACCUAGUCCUCCGGGGCCUCCUCAGGGCGUUCCGCCCCCCUGUGAGGUCUGCCAGUAGGGGAUCGCAACAUUCUCCAAACUCUUCAGGUUCUUCGAGUGGUCGCCGCUCCUCCGGCUCCCGCCACGUAUCCUCCACAACAGUGACCUCCAGCGAAGGAGUGGCCUCGCAGGGCGCCGGAGCACCCCCGCCGCCCGGCUCGGGAAAUCCGACAUUGAAAUGCACGAUUUGCCAGGAGCGAUUGGAGGACACGCAUUUUGUGCAGUGCCCGUCGAUCGGACAUCACAAAUUCUGCUUCCCUUGCUCCAGGGAUAGUAUUAAGAGACAGGGCUCGGGAUCGGAGGUCUAUUGUCCAAGUGGAGAAAAGUGCCCCCUUGCCAACAGCACUGUUCCAUGGGCCUUCAUGCAGGGCGAAAUUGCAACCAUCCUCGGAGACGAAGUCAAAAUAAAAAAGGAGCGCGAAACAUAAACCUGUCAGGAUAUUCGGGAACUGCAGAGUUCCCGCUCGAUAUCCUCCUUUUAUCAAUCAAUAACUGAUGAUGAUGUGCCGAAACGUCGGCGAACUCGAAAGCCGUCGUGGCACAAAAAAGUAUCACAAAAAGCACGUCGUAGGACGUGACAAGAUAAACAAAACAACAGGGCAAGAGGCUCUUGUUCAAUAAUAAAAAACGACUCAUGGUCAAGGUUAUAACCGACAAAACAAGCUCACAUACAAUGAGUCUACUUAAAACUGCGAUUUGUACAUACAGUCAUAUUUAAUUUUUUUUUUAGUUUAGACUAAGUUUUAACCGCGGGGGGCGUGAAUAAAGUAUUAUUAUAUUUCUUUGUGUUUUUAGUAUUUUCUAGUCUUUGCAAAUUAUUUGGAAAGGUAAUAAUAUAUUAAAUAUAAUAAGGGCUGUGAUUGAUGAUUAACUUUUUGGAUCGACCAAGGUCUAUUGAUGACCAUGUGUUCCAACAAUUCUUCUCUUGAAUGUUUUAAGUGUUAGUA